AGAAAGAGUUUAAAAGCUGCUGUUUGCUGAGUGACUUCGAGCUGCGACACAAGGACUACACAGCAAACAGUCUUAAACUCAGGUAAAGAUGGGAGGUCUCUCUGGAUGGUCUGGAUCCAUGCUAGCUCUCCUCUUGAUCUUCUCUGUGCAGACUGUGAGUGGAUCAGGAAACACAGGUGCACCCCCUGACUGCUCAUACAUUCAAACUUUUUCACCAAAUGGAACCAGUGGAGUUUACAACAUUCAACCUGAAGGAUUUAGCUGCAGCUUUAAGGCUUACUGUGAGAUGGGUGCAAAUGGAAUCUGGACGGUGAUCCAGAGGCGUACUGGAGGAGCAGUGGCCUUCGACAGGGAAUGGGCAGCAUAUAAGAAUGGAUUUGGAUUUAUAUCAGGGGAUCACUGGCUCGGUCUGGAGAAGAUUUCUGCAAUGACCAAAUCCAAGAGGUGGAAACUGAGAGUGGACCUGUGGGACUUUGAAGGUGGCAGUGCUUAUGCUGAGUAUGAAGACUUCAGGGUCGGAGAUGAGAGCACAAAUUACAGACUGAGUGUUGGCAGAUACAGAGGAACCGCAGGUGAUGCCAUCAGAGGAGCGUAUCACGGCCUCGACCAAAAUGGAUUUGGCUUUAGCACCAUUGACCGUGACAAUGACGGCUGCGACCCUUGCUUCUUUGGUGACAUUGCUGUGGAGUCGUGCACUAGUUUCGAGCAUGGCGGCUGGUGGUACAGCAAGUGCGGCUCUGCCAAUCUAAAUGGACACUGGUAUCCAGAGGGGGAGAACAUUGGUUGGCUUUCAGGUCUUCACUGGCUCACCUGGAAAGGACCUGCGCCCUACUCAGCUAAGGCCACCAGAAUGAUGAUCACUCCCCUACUGCCUUAGGAAUGGUUUCACACAUUUUCAUUCGCUUGUUAAUUAGAAAACUAUCUGAAAUUCCUACUUAGUUGCUUGCCUCAGUCCCUCAGAUCUAUCCAAUUCAUGUAGUCUGAGAAAAUAUGUUUGAACUGCUGUGAGCUGCACUUCUAAAGAUCAUGAUUCUGAACAAAACUAAGAACAAGCACUGAGCUUGUUGAGGCAGGGAUCAUAUGUGGCUAAGAGAGAACAUUUCAUGAAAAGUAGCUUAUCAAGCAAACUCAUCAUUUAACUGAUUAUUAAGAGUUUCGGGACACAUCCCACCAGGUGACCAAGUAAGAUGUGUGGUUUUGUGGAUGACAAGACAGAAUAAAGUGAGAACAAACUUACUACCAAUGCCUAAAAUAAGUGUGCUGAUGGUGCGGUCAACUCAAAGCACAAAAAGUCUAAUUGAUACCAGAUAAAAACAACCAUCUUCAUGGACAUUGUUGUUCUGAGUGUCUGAGUCACAUGACAUGGAACCGUUGAGCAGGUGACGGCGCUGCAUUGGACAUUUAAAGGGGCCACACUAUGACUUUCUUUUAAGCCUUUCAAAGUUAACUAUAUCCAUAUGUAUGAUCGUAUAUUACCUCUGGAACACUAAAAAAACAAAGACAAAGAGUUGCUGGCGGAUCCCGGAGAUAAAAUCCAACCACUUCUGAUGUGCUGGUUCUUCUUUUAGAAGUUUAAACAAACACCUAAACCUCUCGCAGCCAAAAAAAGAGAAACAUUUUCUACACUUAAAAGUCAUAGUCUUACAAUCCAUUGUUUUCUCUGCAGAGUACAUACAACAUGAGCUACAGGUGGGUGUGUGUUAGUUGUAGUCCGGAGGCGGAGCUUGCAGCAUAGACUCUUCCUAGAGGCGGUGGGUCACACCAUGCCAACAUCAGCAUGAUAGGAGCCGCUAGUUUUCGUGAGUAUGGGAGGUGCUGGUGCUGAGAGUGCAGGUUUUAGAGGAUUACUGGAGAAUGCAUGAAUGGAUCAAAGUACCGCUUAGGGGUUCUUUAUUGUGAGGAAUUAUCAAUUUAAUGCACUUAAAACCUCAAAAAGUAGAAUUUUCAUGGUAUGGCCCCUAUAAUGGCGACGCACGCAUUUCAGUCAGGAAAAGCACCGGCGGGAUACAAGCCUUGACAGGGCUUGUGUAAAGCAUGCCUACCUGUGCCCAAUUACCAUCCAUCUGUUGAAGAGGCAGCCGGGAAGAAGUGACUUUGUUUGAGCGCUAUAAUAGCCGCUAUCACUUCUUUCCUGUGUGAUCGGUGCGCUGUGAAAACUAGGCGUGCGCUUCACAAUUGUUUGUGUGUACUUCAGAUACCAUUUGGAAAUUUCAUUUUCAUGCACUUUGACAUUUAACUUGUACGGUGUAACUUUUUUUGUGUGAAGUUUGCUUUUGAAUGCACUUAUUCUCUGCUAAUGUUAUUUUAAAUUAAUUCUUAAAUUAUUUAAGUUUGAUAUAUGUACGUAAAUAAAAAUGUAGGAAUCUGAUAUAUGAACUUAAAAAAAUUAAUUAAAAUAAAGGAAAUUAAUUCACUGUAAAAUUAGGGAGAAUGUUAGUUAAUUGAAACACUUGAAAUUCUAUAAAUUGUUAUAGGUUGAAGUUAUUUAUUGCUAUUGUGUAAUGGAUUUUAAUUUGUAAAUAUUUUUUGCUAUUAUUAUGCGUGCUUUAAGGUUUUUACCUAUUGACUGCUGACUGACCAAAUGGAAAAUAAAUAAAGAUUUGAACAAUGAUCUCAAGUGGGAGUCUGAGUAAAUCAGCCUUCAACUUUGGCUGAUCAGCCCUGUUCAAGUGAGAAAGUGCACAAAAAAUUAGUAAACACUUGGCAGACAGCAUGCCUCCAAAUUAAUAAAAAAAAAUGUGUUGUCCUUUGUUUCCACUUUCAAAUAGCUUCCAAUUUGCAAAAAAAAUCUCAAUGUAAAUCUUAUGUAACCAAUGUAGCAAAUCCUCUUGUGAGCGAAUAAAUAUGAAGUCUAAACACAAAUUCAGAUGGGGCAGUAGACCAAGAUUAGUUCACACAAAGUGGAUUUUAUUUUAUUGUUCCUUGUUCACCUGUACCAACCAGAGCAGAAAUAAGGAAAGAACAAAACAGACAUCUAGCAAAAAGACAAAAAACAAAGCUCAACACACUGGAAGGGAGUUGAAACUGCCCAAUAAACUGAGCUCCCUACCUGCCGGAGGCAACCUGUGAACUAAACUCUCCAGAAAAGAAAGAAGACAAGAAAAGAAAGCA